AUGGCUCGUAGUUUGAGUCCCAUCAUGUUAGGAAAACAACUCGAUGGUAUAUGGCACACAGCCAUAGUGGCAUAUGGUGAUGAAUUUUUCUUUGGUGGAGAGGGAAUUUCCAGUUGUUCACCGGGUGGGACCAUGUUGGGUCAUCCGGACACCGUUGUGGAGCUUGGAGAAACAGAAGUGUCUGAGGAAAUUUUUAUGGAUUAUCUUUCCUCAUUGGGAGAAGGCACAUACAGAGGGGAUAAAUAUCGCCUUUUUGAGCACAACUGCAACACUUUUACAAAUGAAGUAUCCCAGUUCCUAACAGGCAGUACAAUACCCUCCUACAUCACUGACCUCCCAUCAGAAGUUCUUUCUACACCGUUUGGCCAGAUGCUCCGGCCAAUUCUGGAUUCCAUUCACAUUGCCCCUUCUGGAGGAAAUGCCAUCAAUGAAAGAAGAAACGUUUGA